AUGCGUGAGCUGAACAAGCGUGCCCUAGAAAGAAGGGGUGGAAUACUUGGUUCCGCUAAUGAUCAGUCAAACCCCAAACAAGGUCCUCAGGUUCUCAAUGCCCUCAUGACAUUGGAGAACUGCGAUACUAUGAUCACUCCACCAUGUCUACAGGCUCUCUACAACGCUCCGCCAGGGAGCAUGUCAAUGAAGAACAAUACCCUAGGAGUUGUCGAGUACACCCCCCAGGCAUUCUUGCAAAGCGACUUGGACAUGUAUUUCAAGCAAUUCGAGCCUCGCCUUGACGGAGUCUCUCCCAACACGAACCUCAUCGACGGUGCUAGCAUUCAAACGAAGAAUCAGAGUUUCAGUUUCAACGGCGAGUCAGCUCUUGAUCUGGAGUUCGCUAUGACCCUGAUCUUUCCACAACAAGUCACACUCUACCAAGUUGGAGAUCUGGUAAAUGGUGGUAGUUUCAAUAACUUCCUUGAUGCUAUCGAUGGAAGCUAUUGCACAUUCGAGGGUGGUGACUCCAAAGAUCCUAGCGUCGACGGCCAGUAUCCCGACUCCCUUCCCGGAGGCUUCACAGGUGCUCAGAAUUGUGGAGGUUUCGCAUCGACCAAUGUCAUCUCCACAAGUUAUGGAUCAAAUGAAGCCGACUUGACCGCCAAAUAUGAGCAGCGACAAUGUCUCGAGUACAUGAAACUUGGCCUGCAAGGUGUUUCUAUUCUAUAUUCGUCUGGGGACUUCGGUGUUGCUGGCAAUGGUGGACAGUGUAUCGACCCAGUCACUGGUGCUUACAACAAUGGCACGAAUGGUCUUUUCAACCCUUCGUUCCCAGGUACAUGCCCGUACGUUACUUCAGUUGGCGCCACACAAAUCGUGAAUGGCUCAACAGUUCGCACACCAGAAAGUGCUUCUGAGCGAGUUAUCUUUUCCGGUGGUGGCUUCUCAAACGUUUUCGCCAUGCCCUCAUACCAGCAGAAGGCUCAAGCAACCUACUUCGCCGAGCAUGCUCCCGCUUUCGGCGCAGAUCGAUUCAACAACUCUCAGAAAGUCCGUGGAUAUCCUGACGUGUCAGCGAAUGGUGUCAACUACGUUACAGCCGUCGACGGGAAGUUCUCCCUUGCAUUCGGCACUAGCGCCAGUACUCCCACCUUUGCCAGCUUACUCAACAUGAUUAAUGAGCAAAGACUUAAUGCGAAGAAAGCAUCAAUCGGAUUUGUUAACCCAGUCCUGUAUGCCAAUCCACAAGUUUUGAACGAUGUAACGAAUGGUGGGAAUCAAGGGUGUGGAACAGCAGGAUUCAAUAGUACUGUUGGAUGGGAUCCGGUGACUGGAUUCUGUAUCUCAUCAUAA